AUGGAUGCUCCCCAAAAACUAUAUCAGUCUGAUUCAAAUAACCGUAAAUCUCCAGAUGAGGCUGCCCCAAUUUUUGCAAUAGAUGAUGAUGCUCUAACAGAUUCGUUCGAAAGUCAAGCUAAACACAAUCCACAGUUGGACUUUGAAAUCCCCAACCUGUUGAGUGUCAAUCAACUUCUAGAAUCAGUUUUGGAGACAGCACAUCAAGUUGGGCGAAUCUCUGUGAGCACUGCACCUGACGUGUCAUACAAGGAAAUGGCCCAUCAUUGUGAGGCACUUCUACUAGGAAAGCACCAGAUGAUGUCCCACUUGAUGGUCAUGCAGCAUGGACAAGAGAACUUGUUGAGCAGAACUUCUCAAAGUGUUGAUGUGGACAAGCAGAUGGCUUCUUAUGCCCGUGUUGAUGGAGGUUUCCAAGUGGUUGGCAAUCCUUUCCUGGAUCCGGAGGCAGUAGCAAUUUCAAAAAAAUCAUCUGGUGUUAGUGUUCCAAUGCUGUGUGCAA